AUGGCUGCAAAGAUUGAUGAUCCUCAUGUAGACAAACAACAAUUUUUGGUAAUUACUACUUAUUGGUUGACUGACAAAGCGAAGGAACAAAGUGAGACAAAUAGAACAAAUCAUUCAAAAUCUGAUGAACCCCAUUGUGCAGGAACAAGAUCAUUCCCUACUAUUAUUCAAACUGUGACUAAAGAAUCUAAUGCAAUUCCACCAUCACGUGCUGAAAUGUAUAUACGCACUUAUACCCGUAAAGAUGGAAGUGUUGUGAAUGAAAAGGCAACUUCUGUUUUGGAACUUAUGAAGAAAGGAUUAAGUGAAAAUAAUUCACAAGAUCCUAAAAGGUGUUCAUGGAAAAAUGAUGUGUAUUCACAAGUUAAAGGACUAGAGAAAAGAGGGCCUAUUUGUUGUAUGGGAACAAUUUCUACUUCAUCAAGCAAAUCUGGUCCUUCAUGA